AUGUCUAAUCCAGAAGCCAGUAAAGUAUAUGAAUUGAUUGUAGAUUCCGUCAUUAAUGAAGUGAGAGAAGAUUUUGAGAAUGCGGGGAUUGACGAACAAACGUUACAAGAUUUGAAAAGAGUAUGGCAAACAAAAUUGACCGAGACGAAAGUGACUAAUUUCACUUGGGAUGAUGAAUUAUUACCUGAUCUACAGCAACAGCAACAGCCACAGCCGGGACAAGAAUUAACACAGAAGCAGAUGCCCGAGCUUCCCUUAACUGUCAAGGCGGAGGAUGAUGGACAAAAUCUUUUGAUACCGGAUUUAAAUAAUGGUCAAAUACAAAAUAAUGAUACUAUACGAAAUGGCAUACAGGGUAUCGAAGGAAUUCCAGAGCCUAAUACUGUCAACAUGGAGAUUAAAGAAGAAACAGAGUCGCACGAACAAGAACAGGAUACUACUACUACAACGGAAACUUCGGAUGAAUUAAAAUUACAAGCGAAGCAAGCCAAGAGAAGUGCUCUGUUAGAUAAUGAUGAAGUUGGUUCAGAAUUGGAUGAUUCAGAUGAUGAUUAUUUGAUUUCAGAGGGAGAGGAUGAUGGACCUGAUGAAAAUUUAAUGUUAUGUCUAUAUGAUAAAGUGACAAGAACAAAGGCAAGAUGGAAGUGUAGUUUAAAAGAUGGUAUUGUAACAAUCAAUCAUAAGGAUUAUUCAUUCCAAAAGGCACAAGUGGAGGCAGAAUGGGUUUAA